AUGGCAGGCAUUAAGAGAAGAGUCCCAAUGCACAACCUGAGAUGCUUCCUCUCUCUGAUGGGCUUCUCCAAACCAGAAACGUUUCCCUGGUAUGGCAGAAAACCACCAGGUUGGUCACAACUUUUUGGGGGCACAGCAUGUGAGAAAAAUUUCAUCCAUGUGACAGUUGAGAAGUAUCAAGAAGGACAAAAAUGUCAGAAGAAACCAAGCCAUCUUGGACCAUUAGAUGGUUCUUGACAGAAAAGGCUGGCUGAUGUUGUGACACCACCCUGGAGACUGAACUAUGGAGAACAACUCAAGCCUGUCAUCAAUGGAUACCGAAAUAAAUCCACCUUCUCUGUGAACUGAGGUCCAGAUGGCAAUCCAAAGACUAUGGGGUACUACCUGGAAACUUGGCAAGAGGAAGGGAAGGGCAACAUCGUUUGUAUACACUCUAACCAUCUGAAAAACAUUCCUGAGAAACACAAUCAAGUAGCACAGUACUAUGAAGUAUUACUUCGACAGUCUCCAGUGGAGCCCUGCUUUCUGUUUCAUGAAGGUGGAUACUGGUGUGAGCUCACAGUCCACACCAAUAGCCAAGGGGACACAAUGGCUAUUAUCACUUUCCAUCCCCAGAAAUUAAGUCAAGAGGAGCUCCGUGUUCAGAAGGAGACUGUAAAGGAAUUUUUCAUCAAAGGCCCUUGUGACUUGACCUCACUUUACUUCCAGGAAAGCACCGUGACCCGUUGCAGCCAUCAGCAGUCCCCUUAUCAUCUCCUAUUUGGGGAACCCCAUAUCUUUGAGGAUCUCCUGGGUUUAAAGAUCCGCAUCUCUCCAGGUGCCUUUUUCCAGAUUAACACUACUGGUGCAGAGAUGCUGUAUUGGACUGUGAGGGAGCUGAGCGGAGUGAACUCUGACCUCCUUGAUAUCUGCUGUGGAACUGGUGUGAUCAGCCUUUCUCUGGCUCAGCAUACAUCCCAGACCCUUGGGAUUGAGUUGGUGAAGCAGGCAGUAGAGGAUGUCAGGUGGACUGCAGCAUUCAAUGGUGCACAGCUUUGUGAAUUUCACACUGGUCAAGCAGAGAAGAUUUUGCCAUGGCUGCUAACGUCAAAGGGAGAUGGGCAGUUAAUCAUUGCUGUGGUGAACCUAGCCCCUGCUGGACUGCAUAAGGAUGAAUAGCUAGUUGAAUAUUACAAGGUGGUUCAAGACAUUUGAAACUGCAGGGCCAUCCACACAUUAGUUUUUAUCUUCUGCAAGCUCCAUGGUGAAACCACAAGGAACAUCAUUGAGCUGUGCUGUCCUGCAAAUUCUGCUAAGAAGCUCCUAGGUAAUCCUUUUGUCCUGAGACAAGCUGUACCUGUAGAUUUGUUUCCUCACACCUCGCACUGUUCUAUUCACUCAAUGAGCAGCCUCCUAGAAAACUACAGGCUACUUGUUAAGGCUGAAGUUUCAGAAACCUCCAGGUUUGGUAUAUUGCUACAUUAUAGACCCUGGGAAUAUUACCAAGGAAACCAAUCUUUGGAUUGUGAGCAGGAAGAAUAUAGCAGGCCUCCUCUCUGA